AAAUUCCACUUUAGCCCUCCCUUCCAUCGCUCCGAGCUACGAUCCAUUCGCCUGCGCACCCCUCCACCCAACCCGCGGGGCCGUCACCCCCGCCAGCCAUGGCCACCGAAGAUGCGCGAUACCGGCUCUCGUCACAAUACCGACUAUGGUCCUUCUCUCGCGCGGAGCUAGCAUCGCUGCGCGAGAAGUCCAACUCCCUGGCGCGGGCGAGCAUCUCGGAGCGCCUCUCCCGGGCGUCGUCUUCGUCGGAGAAGAACAAUAAUGACCGGUCCGCCUCAACGUCGAAUGCGAACACGCCCGACCCGGACGGCGCGUCUUUCCGCCUACCCGAGUUCCUGACGGUCGCCGACGAGUCCCUAAUGACUACCUUCUACACGACGCAGCUGCUGGGCGCCGGCAGCGCCACGGGGUUGUCAGACGAAAUCUGCGCCACGGCCGCCGCCUUCUUCCGCAGGUUCUACAUCACCAACAGCAUCAUGACAUACUCCCCGCAGGACAUGAUGAUUGUCGCGCUCUUUUUUGCCUGCAAGGCAGAAGGGUGGUUUACGAGGGUUACCGACUUUCUCAAAAUGGGCUCUUUUCGAAGUCUAAAAAAGCAACCCGAGGACAUCCUCGCCGGCGAAUUUCUGUUUUGUCAAGGCAUCCGCUUUGCCUUUGAUGUUAGGCACCCUUUUCGCCCGCUUAUAGGCGCUGGGAUGGAGCUCCGAAGGCUCGGCGAUAUCAAGGAGGAACGUAUCCGAGCUGCCGAGGAGCGUGCCAAGUCGAUACUGAGAUUCAGCUCGUUGGUCACCGACGCCUACUUCCACUACACACCGAGCCAGAUCAUGCUGGCCGCGUUAUCGCUUGCCGAUCGCGAGCUGGCCGAACGACUUAUACAUGAAACCUUCCACCAUAUCACCCCGCCAGCUAACAAAGGCACGCCUACAAAUGGCGGCGAUGGUGCACCGAAUGAUAGUCAUCAGCCCAAGGGCCAAAACAAAGAAGCCAUCAUAGGGCAGCAGAUCCGGGACAAGGUACUCGGGACCAUCGAAGCGUGUAGGGAGAUGAUGGCGCAUGAAAUGCCGGAACGAAGCAAAGAACACUGGCAGAGCAAAGACAUGUACCAAGACCUGAUUCUUCCCAUCAAGAAGAAGCUCAAAAAGUGUCGCGAUCCGGACCGCUCGAACCUUGUUGCGCUGCAAAGAGCACGGCGCGAAGAGGCCCUCAAGAAGGGAGACUCCGACGACGGAGAUCCGGAAGACCGCGGAGGGACGGUCGACGACGACGCCGCCGUGUUUGGCGAAGCGGCCCGAGACGCUAAGAGACGAAAGGUCGCCAAGGGUCUCGACGACCCGUUUGGAGGACCCCUGUGA